AUGGCUACCAUCUCUGAAAGCACCUCGGCCGCCGAGCGUCUGAUGCAGCAGCAUGCGGAAAACCACCAUGUCACUGUUGAAGAUGCCCCCGAUGAAGACCUGCCUUCUCGUCCCGCCGCUCCCUCGACCAGCCUCGACGACUUCCCUGCCCUCGGUGCCGGCCCCAACGGUAGCAAGGGCAAGAGCAAGGAGCCCGCUGGUCCCGCCAUCUGGAUGGCCAAGCUGAACACUGGCGCCAACACUCCCAAUGGCACUUCUCGAGCUUCGACCCCCGCCUCCAACACCGGCGUUGCUACUCCUCCCCCUGUGGCCGGCCCCAACACCAUGAGUCUGCCUGGCCGCCACAGCGAGGUCAUCGUUCUCGAUCCCCAGUACAUUCUCCCCCGUAACCAACUCAAGCGACCUAUCCCCGAUCUCGUCAAGGACAUCAACCGCAAGUCCCGUGCCAACCUGAACAUCUCGUACCAAGGUAGCCGUUUGAGAGUCGAGGCCACUGGUCCUCAAGACCAUGCCCAACAGGCCAUUCGUGAACUAGUCAACCAGAUUGGUACCAAGCAGACCGUCAGGGUGCCCAUUCCUCGUUCGGCCCGAGCACACCUCAUUGGCAAGGGUGGUGCCACAAUCAAGGCUAUCCAGGAGAAGUCGGGUGCCAGGGUCCAACUCCCCAAGACCGAUGAGGCUCACGGAGCUGAAGAUGAGGAUGAAGAUGCCAUCGUUGAAGUUAUCGUCGAGGGCAACACUGUAUCUGCUGCCGUGGCUCGCGACGCUAUUAAGAAGAUCGCCGGAGACCACUCUGCCAGCCUGACCUCGAAGCUCAAGAGCAUCCCUGCCGAAAUCUACCCCUUUAUUGCUGGUCCCAACAACAGCCGCCUCGGCGAUCUGGAGAAGGAGCAUGGUGCACAAAUCCGCAUUCCUCCUCACCAGCCUUGGGCUCACCCUGUUCCCAAGUCCCAAAACGGCGAGCGCUUGUGGUUUGCUCCUCCUCGUGAGGAGAACUUUAUUCAACUUGCUGGUGAGCGGCCCAGUGUUACCGCGGCCCGAGCUGCAAUCGAGCGUCAUGCUCAAGAGCUUCAAAACCAGCUGGUUAUCAACCAGGAGCAGAUUCCUUUCAGCAGACACCAGUUUAUUAUCGGUGACAAUGGUGUCCCAGCCGAGGAUUUCUUUGCUGAGACAAACUGUGUCAUUAUCCUUCCCAGUGAUCCCAGCCAAGACACGGUGACUAUCAUUGGCACAGAAGAAGACGUAGCUCGUGGUGUCGACAAGGCUCAAGAGCUUUCCAUGUUUUUGAACCAGACAUCCAUUGAUGUGUCAAGAUCACACAAGCAUGCCAGUGGUGGUGCGCCUUCGUACACAAGGGAUGUUGCGCGAUAUCUCAGACAGAGAAAGGAGAUUGAGCGCCUCGAGAAGCUCCACCAAGUCCACAUCAGCACACCCAUCUCAGAGGGUCUAGGCCUCCCGUGGGAUCUCUUCGGUCGUGAUGGCAAGAACAUUCUCAAGGCUCAAAAGGAGGUCAACUCCAUCGUGGGCGGACAUCCCCCUUCGCGAUUUGCCACUGUUCCAGUUGACCCAUUCUUCCACGCAUACUUGAAGAGCGAUAUCAAGCCUCAGGUCCAGAACGACUAUGGCGUGCAUGUCGUCGUCCCUGAGCCCGCUGAUGCUCAGCUUCCCGUGUUGCUGGUAUUCGAAGGCGACAGUGGUUCCGAGGCAUCCUACCAAAUUCCCCAGGCUGCUCCCAACGCUGAGCAGCUCCGCGCAUUCCAACAGGGCCUCGAGGAUGCACGCAAGCAUAUUCUUGAACUUCUUGGAAAGCAAGAAGACAUCAAGGUCGAGACACUCGAAGUCCCCAUCAAGUUUCACGAGAAACUAAGAAAGUUCAUCAAGAGAGAACAAGACGCCACAACGCGCAAGGCUGGCGAGAUCCCGGUUCGGGUCAGCGUCAAGGGCACCACCAUUACCAUGCGCGGAACAGCUUCUGCUGUGAACUCUCUUGCCACCAAGUCUCGUGAAUUCGUCGAGCAAGAGAAGGAGGACGAGAAAGAGCGUGGCUUCAUUCUGAAGUUUGACUUCCCCCAGAAGUUCGCCAACCAUCUGAUUGGAAAGAGCGGAAGCCACAUCAACGAGUUGCGCGAGAAGUUUGAUGUUGAUAUUCAGGUGCAGAACGGAGAGGUUGAGCUCAAGGGUCCUAAGGCCAAGGCUGAGAGAGCCAAAGCCCACAUCACAGCGCUUUCCAAGACCUGGGCUGAUGAGACGACACACACCUUGAAGAUCGAGCCAAAGUACCACCGCGAGCUUAUCGGAUCUGGUGGCAGUCAAAUUAACCGCCUGCAAGACAGAUACAAGGUGCACAUCAACUUCCCGCGUACCGCUCGCGCCGGCAAGGACGAUGAAGCCGCUACCGACGCUGCUAGCGAUGCGGGCAAGCCGAAGCGUCAACAAGGAGCUGAUGAGGUCGUCAUCAGAGGACCCAAGAAGGGAGCUGACGAGGCUCGUGAUGAGAUCUUCUCGUUGUACUCCUACCUGAAGGAUAAUUCUCACAUUGCUACUCUUACCGUUCAGCAAAAACAGCUUCCUUCUCUGAUCGGCGCACAGGGCUCAGCUAUGGAUGAGCUGCGACAGCAGACUGGUGCAAAGAUUGACGUCCCGAAUGAGCGCAAUGAAUCUCCGGAUGCUCUGGUUGAGAUUCAGAUCAAGGGAACAAAAUCUCAGGUAGCUGAGGCAAAGAAACUCAUUGAGGAGAAGAAGGCCGUUUUCGAAGACACCGUGACAAAAUCAGUCGAGGUCGACAAGAAAUGGCACAAGAUCUUGAUCGGACCUGGUGGCUCUACUCUUCGGGACAUUAUCACAAAGGCUGGAGGACCUGACGACCGACGCCUCCAAAACAGAUACAUUCAAUUCCCCAAGCAGGAUGCUGACGGAAAUGCUAUCAAGGUCGAGGGUCGCAAGGAUGUUGUUGACAAGAUCAUUGCCUCCAUUGAGAGCAUGGUGUCCGAGCGCGCCAGCCAGGUCAGUGAGACAGUUGAGGUGCCAAUUGAGAAGCAUCGAUCUCUUAUCGGCCGUGGCGGUGACGCAAAGCGCAAGCUGGAGUCCGAGUUCUCUGUUUCGAUCGAUAUUCCGCGCCAAGGCUCCGGCCAAACAGGCGUGAAAAUCACUGGUAAGCCCGAUGCUGUAGCAAAGGCGAAGGAGCACAUUCAGUCUUCGUUCAAGGAGGAGCCAAGUGAGACUGUGCAAGUACCGCGCAAGUACCACAACGCCAUUUCAAACAAUGGCCAAUUCUUCCGCCGACUUCGCAAUGACUUCAAGGUGACCGUAGACCACGCUGGUCAACAACCUCCUGCCAAGUCCAAGUCUGGCUCCGCUCGUAAUACUGCAGCCACCCCCCUUAUCACUGACGACCCGGAGGAGGUUGCCGAUGCCCACUCCUGGAACUUGGUUGACAACAACGCUUCUUCCGAGGAGGGAGAGAUCCCGUGGGUCCUGAAGGGCGCUGCCGAGAAUGUAGAGCGCGCCAAGGAGGCCAUCAACAAGGCUCUCGAGCAAGCUAAGAAGCCCAGCACUACAGGCUACCUUAUCCUGGCCGAUCCUUCAACCUACCGAUAUGUCAUCGGGCAGGGUGGCUCAAAGGUCAAUGCCAUUCGCAAGCAGAGCGGCUGCCAGAUCCAAGUUCCCAAGGAUCAGGCGUCUGAUGAAGCGAUUGAAAUCACCGGCACCAAGGAAGGCUGUGAAAAGGCGAAGGAUCUCAUUCUGGAGGCAGUCCGGGAAGGCGUUGCAUCGCGUAACCGAGACUAG